GCCAUAUUAGUAAUAACUGAAGGCAUGGAACGGUAUAUAAGGAUCUACAAAUGCACGGAGACGGUCGAAGCCUAAACAGUUGAUCGCUCUUGUGUUACUGUUAAGCGUGUCCAAGACAACAAUGAACGGUUUGUUGAUAUGCGCGUGCCUGUUUGGCGUUGCUGCCGCUGGAUCAAUCGGCCGGUACGAAGGUGAUAAUGACAACUGGUACGGUAACCAGUGGAAUACCGGAAGGUACGGUAACUGGGGGAGGAACAACUGGAAUAACUGGUAUGGAGAAAACAGGGAUAACUGGUAUGGAAACGAUUGGAAUAAUUGGAAUGGCGACAACUGGUACGGAAACAAUUGGAAUAAUGAAGGAAAUCAAAUGAGUGGCUGGUACGGAAAGUAUGGUGAAUAUCGCGGCAACUACAACGGCAACUAUUACAAUAACGACAACGGCAACUAUUACAAGAACGACAACGGCAACUAUUACAAGAACGACAAGGGCAACUAUUACAUGAACGACAACGGCAACAAUUACAAGAACGACAACGGCAACUAUUACAAGAACGACAACGGCAACUAUUACAUGAACGACAACGGCAACUAUUACAAGAACGACAACGGCAACUAUUACAAGAACGACAAGGGCAACUAUUACAAUAACGACAACGGCAACUAUUACAGGAACGACAACGGCAACUAUUACAAGAACGACAACGGCAACUAUUACAAGAACGACAACGGCAACUAUUACAGGAACGACAACGGCAACUAUUACAAGAACGACAACGGCAACUAUUACAAGAACGACAACGGCAACUAUUACAAGAACUACAACGAGAACUACAACGACAACUACAACGAGAACUACAACGGAUUUUACAACCGCCUCUUCGGAAAGAAGUAGACCUAGAGCUGUAGAGCCCUGAAAACAUUCUCCUCAUUGACCGGUUAACCGACGUCCAGAGAUUCCUGCUUCGGUGUUUUUUAAUGUUCAUUCUAAACAAAAAUAAAAGAAAUAUAUAAUGUGCUUUG